UUAAGUUCAUACUCUUCAAGGCUCAAUGAUGCUAUCUGAAACUCCAAAGAAUAACAAACACAUGCCAAGAAGAUUAAUGCCAAGUCUCUUCUUCUCUUCCUCAAAAACCCUUUCUUCUUCGUAUUCAUUUCCAAGCUCUCAUGAUUCUAGUCCUUCCACCCCUCGCCAAAAAUUCUCCGAGACCAUGAUGGAAGAAAACAUUGAAAUUGCUGAAACAAUCAUCUCCAAAUGGGAUCCAAGCUCUUCCUCAAACACCAAAGUCACCUCUCUGUUCGACCAUAACAGAAAAGAAGCCAAUGACUUUCUCAAGUCUGUCAGGGGCUUGCGGCGAGCAAUGCAUUUCUUAAUCAGCGAAAAUUCUAUGUCCGAAAAGCUCAUACUUGCUCAGAACCUAAUGCAAAUAGCCAUGAAAAGGCUUGAAAAAGAGUUUUAUCAGAUACUGUCCAAAAACCGUGACCAUCUUCAUCCAGAAUCACUGUCUGGCCGAACCUCAGGUGGGUCGAGCAAUUCUGAUUGUGAAGAUGAUGUUCGAUCAGAAGAGUUGAAAAUUGCUGAUGAAGCAAUCACUGAGGUGGAGAGAGCCUCGGCCCAUGCCAUGACGGAUUUGCAAUCAAUAGCCAACUGUAUGAUUAGCUCGGGUUAUGGCAAAGAGUGUGUGAAGAUAUACAAGAUUAUCAGAAAAUCUAUAGCAGAUGAGGGAUUGUAUCGCCUCGGGAUCGAAAAGUUCAGAUCUUCUCAAAUUCAUAAAAUGAAUAGGGAAGACCUCGAGCACAUGAUUAAGAAAUGGAUCACUGCAACCAGGAUUGCUGUGAGAAGGCUGUAUAGUGGAGAAAGAGUUCUCUGUGAUCAUGUGUUUUCAGCAUCUAAGACGAUCAGAGAGUCGUGCUUUUCAGAAAUAACAGAAGGAGCAGCCAAUCUAUUCAGAUUCCCUGAGCUCAUUGCAAAGAGCAAGCAUUCACUGGACAAAAUUUUCCUCCUAAUGGACCUUUAUGAAGCAAUCUCCGAGCUGUGGCCAGAGAUUGAAUUGAUAUUUGACUUUCAAUCAACCUCAGCUAUUAGGUUGCAAGCUCUUUCGUCACUAAAACUUGGCGACUCCAUCCGCACCAUCCUAUCUGAAUUUGAAUCAACAAUUCAAAAGGACUCUUCAAGAACUCUGGUGCUUGGGGGAGGCAUUCACCCGCUGACCCAAUCGGCAAUGAAUUACAUAUCUUCACUUGCAGAUUAUAAUGCUGCUCUCUCCAGCAUCAUUGUCAGUAACCCAUCACCGGCAACUUCACUGCUACCAGAAUCCUACUUUGAAAGUCCAACCGCCAACGAUGGUCCAACGGCGGCAGUAUCGGUCUACCUAGCUUGGCUAACAUUAGUUCUUUUGUGCAAGCUUGAUAGCAAAGCAGAGCUGUACAAAGAUGUAUCUUUAUCAUACCUCUUCCUUGCCAAUAAUCUCCACUUCAUUGUUGAGACGGUACGCACAACCAACCUCAAGCACCUCCUAGGCAAUCGCUGGGUGUUGAAGCACGCCAAGAAAGCUAAACAAUAUGCUUCAAGUUAUGAAUCAAUGGCUUGGACCAAGGUCUUCUCGUCUUUACCAGCGCAAACUUCCCCAGCGAUAACCCCUGAAACGGCAAAGGAAUGCUUCACGAGGUUCAAUACAGCUUUUGAAGAAGCAUACAGGAAACAGACAUCAUGGGUUGUACAAGAUGGGAAAUUAAGAGAUGAAUUGAAGGUGUCAAUAGCGAAGAAACUGGUUCCAGUGUAUCGAGAAUUUUAUGACACGCAUUUGGUGAUGCUAAGUGGUGAGAAGAAUUUGGAGUUCUUGCUAAGGUUUUCACCUGAUGAUUUGGGGAAUUACUUGUCAGAUUUGUUUAUGGGGACUUCCACCUCGGGUAGUUCUACUUCUACAUCAUCUUCUUCAUUGUCGCAGUUAGGGGGAUGUCUGCCUCGCUAAAAAUAUACUCCGCGUAAAUUACCAUGCAAACUGUAAUUCUGUUUCUAAUGGCCUUUUCAAUUUUCAAAUAAGAAUAUAGGAAGUCACCCAUAUAUCAACGAAAAUCAUUCUGCAAUAUUACUCCUUAC